AUGGUAGCGGACUUCAGACAACAGUUCCAGCGCGUCAAACAAUUCGCCCGUCACCUCUUCGGCGCCUCACCCGAGCCAGGCACCGCCCGAGAUCGCUCCAACUCCCAAGGCGACCCGCCUGGAGCUGAGGGCCCAGAAAACGACGACGCUAGCAUGAAGAGAUCAGUCCCGGAUGAUGCCUCUAGCGAGAGCAGCCUCAAGAGGGCGAGCCCCCACGACGACGGUGUCGACCAGGGCGGCGAGUGGCAGACCGUCACCCGCCCGAACAAAAAGCAAAAGAAGGUCCCGCGCCCGGGCAAGAGCUAUCCCGCCCUGAAUUUCUCGUCGAGUGCUCGCCUCAACUCCAAGGUCAACCUCGGCCAGCUCCGCGACCUCGUCCUCUACAUCUAUGCCGAUGGCCCAGCUCCCCAGUGGAUCGCCGUCUCCCACCGGCCGCACUUCCGGAAGAUUGUCGCCAUCAUGAUCCCGGGCCUCGAGGAGGCCAUGUUCAAGGCGAAUGUCGACUUUGCGACCUUCGAUGACGCCGUCAAGUCCAAGGAGCCACGUAUCGCCACAUCGCCCGACGACUACUAUCCCCGUACGCUAUCCAAGGACAAGCUGCCUCGGGCCCUGCAGCCCUUCGCUGAUAUGUUUCCACACCUGUGGCCCGUUCGAACCCCCGGCGAUGACAAGCACGGCAAGAUGCACUCGCCUUUGGCUGCCUUCCUCACUGCUCCUGCGCCCAAGGACAAGGGGUCUUCCAACAAGACCGGACCAAAGCCAUACGCGACCCCUCAGGGUUGGAAAGAUGAGAGGACGCCAAUCACUGAGUUUCUCGCUUCUGCGGACGAGCUCAAGGACAAUGGCUUCGUCGUCCACCCCGCCCUGCUCUCGGAGGAGGCCCGCAAGAACUUUGUCCUCCCCGAGGGCUGGGUCCUCACCGAGGUCGACAAGCUCGAGGACGGCGAUGUUCCCGACAAGGACAUUGAGAAGGGAUCCGUCCUGGCUGGCCGGACUGUCCUGGGCCUCGAUUGCGAAAUGUGCAUGACGGGCGAGAAUGAAUUCUCCCUGACGCGCAUCAGCCUCGUUGACUACUCCGACGGCAGUGUCGUCUUGGACGAGCUCGUCAAGCCCGACAAGCCCAUCACUGACUACGUCACACGCUUCUCUGGAAUCACGGAGGAGAUGCUUGCACCGGUCACGACAUCACUGCGCGACAUCCAGCAAAAGCUGAUCAAGAUCCUCCACCCUCACACCAUCCUCGUGGGCCAUUCCCUCGAAUCCGACACCAAGGCCAUCAAGCUGUCGCACCCCUUCAUCGUCGACACCUCCCUCCUCUACCCCCAUCCCCGCGGCCCGCCGCUGAAGCAGUCCCUCAAGUUUCUCGCCCAAAAGUACCUCAACCGAGAGGUCCAAAAGGGCUCCACCCUCGGCCACGACAGCAUAGAGGAUGCCAAGACGUGCCUAGACCUCGUCUCCCAGAAGUGCGCAAAGGGAAAGCUCUGGGGGGUUAACGAGAACCAGGGCGAGAACCUCUUCCGCAGGCUGGCGAGAGUGGGCACGACGUACAAGGCCCAAGGCGGCGACGGAGCAACCGGCGGCGUCGAGUCUGGCAAGACGAGCGCUGCAGUGGACUGGGGCAAUCCCCUUAAGGGUCCGGGAGCCGGAGCCACGCACGCGUUCGGAUGCCAGUCCGACGAGGAGGUAACGACGAACAUCAUCCGCGCCGUCAAGGGCGACCCCGACGGCAAGGAGGUCAGGGGCGGCGGCGCCGACUUUGUAUGGGGCCGCAUGCGCGAGCUCGAGGUCCUCCGCGGGUGGUGGAACCGCAACAAGCUCGAGAGCACCAGCACGGACGGCGGCCCGCCCGACGAGGAGGCCCUCAAGGAAAUACUGGACGACGGCGCCGACGAGGCCAGCUCGCCGCUCGAAAAGGCGCUCGUGAGGCUCAUGGACCGGCUCGGCCGCAUAUACGAGGCCCUGCCCCCGUGCACGGGGCUCAUCGUCUACUCGGGCUCGGGCGACCCCCGCGAGAUGGCCCGCCUGCAGCAGAUGCAGGGCCAGUGGCGCAAGGAGUACAACUCGGGCGUCAAGUGGGACCAGCUGAGCGUCCAGUGGACCGACACGGAGGACCAGCUGCUUCGCAAGGCCGUCCAGGAGGCGCGGUCCGGCAUUGGCUUCGUCGGCGUCAAAUAG